UUAACACUAUAUAAAAUAUCUCUUUACAAAGGCUUAGUUUAUUGAAACUUUCAUAUCAUUUGAGCUCCAUCAGGCUGUUGGAGAGAGUGAACAUCUGUAUUUACAUGAUACUGUGAAGGAAUUGGAUAUUUAUAUUAGUAAUUUCCUAAUCUCUGAUUUUUUACUCACCAGGAUUAACCUUAAUUUAUGCUAUAAGAAGUUUGACUUUCUAAAAUAAUGUCAGCGGAGUGUGAGAAAAUGACGUCUGAAAAGAGUCUAGAAGAGGAGCUGGGAGAGAUGAAAAGUGGAACUGAGAUAAGGCCAAGGUCUUCUGAAUCCAGCUGUGUGUCCUUUAAGAGUGACCACUCAUUGCCACUCUUUAUCAACUUUAAAGAGGGAACAGUCACUCAGGAAAGAAUCACAAAACAGAGCUCGAAAAUCAUCUGCAGAAAUUCACUGGAGUCCAUAUUCAAGGAGCUGGAGCACAAAUUUAUCACAUUAUUGAAAAACAACUUGAACAGAUUCAAGAACCUACUUAGUGCUGAUUACCCAGCAUGCUCUGAGGAGGAGGAGGAGGAGGAGGACUGUGUUAGAGAGGGUGUGCUGAAGAUCACACUACACCUCCUGAAGAACAUGAAGCAGGAAGACCUCGCUCAAAAACUGCAGAUCAAGCUGGCCUCUGUGUAUCAGCGGAAGCUCAAAUCCAAACUUCUAGAUAAAUGUAAAAGAAUUAAUGAAGGAGUCUCACAGCAUGGGACAUCAACAGUUCUGAAUCAGAUCUACACAGAGCUCUACAUCACAGAGGGAGGGAGUGGAGACGUCAAUAAUGAACAUGAGGUGAGACAGCUUGAGACGAUGUCCAGGAGACCAGCAGUAGAGGAGACACCCAUCAAAUGUAAUGAGCUCUUUAAAGACAAGUGCAUCAGAAGUGUGCUGACUAAAGGAGUAGCUGGAAUUGGAAAAACUGUCUCUGUGCAGAAGUUCAUUCUGGACUGGGCUGAAGGGACAGUUAAUCAGGACAUCCUCUUCCUGUUUCCUCUUCCCUUUAGAGAACUUAACUUGAUAAAGCAGGAAAACUUUAGUUUGAUUUCGCUUCUUCAUCAGUUUUUCCCUGAACUUAAGGACUUGGAUGUAAUAGACAGUAAUGUCUACAAAGUUCUGUUCAUCUUUGAUGGUCUGGAUGAGUGUCGACUUCCUCUAAAUUUCCAGAAGAAUGAGAUGUUGUGUGAUGAGACAGAGUCAGCCUCAGUGGAUGUGCUGCUCACAAACCUCAUCAAGGGGAACCUGCUUCCCUCUGCUCGCCUCUGGAUCACCACUCGACCAGCAGCAGCCAAUCAGAUUCCUCCUGAGUGUGUAGACCAGGUAACAGAGGUACGAGGAUUCAGUAAUGCUCAGAAAGAGGAGUACUUCAGGAAGAAGAUCAGUGAUCAGAGCCUGGCCAAUAAAAUCAUCAGACACAUGAAGUCUUCCAGAAGCCUCUACAUCAUGUGCCACAUUCCAGUCUUCUGCUGGAUAUCAGCCUCUGUUCUAGAGAGAAUGUUGAAUGAAACAGAGAGUGGAGAGAUCCCCAAGACUCUGACUCAAAUGUUCACACACUUCCUGGUCUUUCAGAUCAAACACAAGGACCAAAAGUACCAGCAGAAAUGUGACCUUGAUCUUCCCCAGACCAGAGAGAGUAUCCUGGCUUUGGGAAAACUGGCUUUCCAACAGCUAGAGAAAGGAAACCUCAUGUUCUAUGAAGAAGACCUGAAAGAGUGUGGCAUUGAUGUUAAAGAAGUGGCAGUGUACUCAGGAGUGUGUACUCAGAUCUUCAGAACCGAGUCUGGACUUUACCUGGGGAAGAUGUUCAGCUUUGUGCAUCUGAGUGUUCAGGAGUUUUUGGCUGCUUUAUACACAUUUCUCUGCUUCCUCGACAAAAAGACAACAAUAAAACAAACCACUGAUCUGUCUGGUCUUUUCAAUAAGUCAGAAAUGUCUGAGUUCCUCAAGAGUGCAGUGGACCAGGCCUUACAGAGUGAGAACGGACACUUGGACUUGUUUCUUCGCUUCCUUCUGGGUCUCUCAGUGGAGUCUAAUCAGAAGCUCAUUGGAGGUCUGCUGUCAUACACAGGAAGCAGUUCUGACUACCAAAAGGACACGGUCGAGUACAUCAAGUUCAAGUUUGAACAAAAUCCAUCUCCAGAGAGAUUAAUUAAUCUGUUCUACUGUCUGAAUGAGUUAAAUGAUGAUUCACUAGUGAAAGAGAUCCAAAGCUACAUGAGCUCAGGACGUCUCUCUGAAGCUGAACUCUCACCUGCUCAGUGGUCUGCUCUGGUCUUUGUGUUACUGACGUCAGAGGAGGAUCUUGAAGUGUUUAUGCUUCAGAAGUUCAUAAGAUCAGAUGAAUGCUUUAAGAGACUGCUGCCAGUCGUACAGGAAGCCACAACAGCUCUACUCAGUGAGUGUAACCUGACAGAGAGAAGCUGCUCGACUUUACACACAGUUCUCAGCUCAGAAUCCUCCAAGCUGACUGAGGUGGAUCUGAGCAGGAAUCCUCUGGAGGACUCAGGAGUGAAGCUGCUUUGUGCUGGACUGAAGAGUCCAAACUGUAAACUGGAGACACUGAGACUUUCAGACUGCAGUAUAACAGGGGAAGGAUACACUGCUCUGGCUGAAGCUCUGAAAUCAUCUCACCUGAUAGAGCUGGAUCUCAGAGGGAACGACCCUGGAGACUCAGGAGUGAAGCUGCUCACUGAUUUACUACAGGAUCCAGACUGUACACUGAACACACUGAGUCUGUUGAAAAGUGCUGAGGCGGAGGAAGCCUGUGCUUCUUUAACUGAGCUUCUGGGUACAAACCCUUUACUGCAGAGAGAACUGGAUCUGAGUGGGAAAAUAUCUGGAGACUCAGGAGUGAAGCAGCUCUCUGUUCUACUAAAGGAUCCACACUGCAGACCUGAGAAACUCAGACUUUCAGACUGCAGUAUAACAGGUGAAGGAUACACUGCUCUGGUUAAAGCUCUGAUGUCAAACCCCUCAUCACACCUGAUAAAGCUGGACCUCAGAGGGAACGACCCUGGAACAUCAGGACUGAAGGAACUUAGGAAUUUGAUGAAAAAUACAAAAUGUAAACUAAAAACUUUGAGGUUGUUGAAAAGUCCUGAUGCACAGAGAGCUUGUGAUCAUCUGACUGGUGUUCUGGGUAUAAACCCCAUACUGCAGACGGAUCUGAAUCUGAGCGGGAAAAUAGACGGAGACUCAGGAGUAGAGCAACUCUGUGUUUUACUGAAGGAUCCACACUGCAGACCUGAAACACUUCAACUCAGUGAGUGUAAUCUGACAGAGAGAGGAUGUUCAGCUCUGCUCACAGCUCUCAGAUCAGAAUCCUCCACCCUGAGGGAGCUGAAUCUGAGUAAGAACAGGAUUCAGGAUUCAGGAGUGAAGCUGCUCUCUGCAGAACUGAAGAAUAAACACUGGACACUGCAGACUGUCAGACUUUCAGACUGCAGUAUAACAGAGGAAGGAUACACUGCUCUGGCUGAAGCUCUGAAAUCAUCUCACCUGAUAGAGCUGGAUCUCAGAGGGAACGACCCUGGAGACUCAGGAGUGAAGCUGCUCACUGAUUUACUACAGGAUCCAGACUGUACACUGAACACACUGAGGUUGUUAAAAAGUGCUGAUGCAGAGGAAGCCUGCAAGUGUCUCACUAACAUUGUGGGUAAAAACCCGUUACUGCACAAAGAGCUGAAUCUGAGCUACAGAACUGAAGACAUUAAAGUGAAUCAGCUCUCGGCUUUGCUGCAGGAUCCACAUUACAGACUGCAGAAACUCACACUGUGUAAGAGUGUAAGUGUGAAAUCCUGCACUGAUGUGGUUUCAGCUCUCUGUACAAAUCCAUCACACAUCAGAGAGCUGGAUCUGAGGUGGUGUGAACUAGGAGACUCAGGAGUGGAGAAGCUCUGUGAUCUACUGAAGAAACACGAGUGUAAACUGGAGACACUGCGACUGUGUGAGAGUGUAAGUGUGAAAUCCUGCACUGAUGUGGUUUCAGCUCUCUGUACAAAUCCAUCACACAUCAGAGAGCUGAAUCUGGGUGUAUGUGAGCUAGGAGACUCAGGAGUGGAGAAGCUCUGUGAUCUACUGAAGAAACACGAGUGUAAACUGGAGACACUGCGGUGAGUAACUCAGUGAUGUGAUGAAACAGCUUUAAUAACAUGCAGUAACAAUUACAAAGCUCUCGCCAGCACUAACAAGUAAUGUCUAACUAACAUGUCUAACCUGCUGUUUAGAUCUGAUUUAUUAUCAGUAAUAAAGAGUAAAUAAGGAUUUAUUUGAGGAGGAUGUGGGAUUAGGAACAAGUAGUGAGAGGUAGACACUCACUAAAGGACACCAGAAAAACAUCCACACUGGACGUCUCAUGACCGGCCGAAUGUGUUAUGUGUUAGAUCUUAAGAUGUCCACAGAGAGACAUAUUUUCCAUGGACAGAUCAGAACCUCACAAGGACAUUUAGAUUACAUUCAGAAUUAGUUAGAAAGACAUUUAUUUCUAGAUGU